AUGCCUCUCGACACAUCAACAACGUACCGUCUCACACGGUUGCGACUGGACGGGCGACGAUGGAACGAAUUACGACUUCUUCAGGCUCAAAUAUCUACAAACCCAGCAAGCUCCGGUUCAUCUUAUCUGUCAAUGGGCAAUACUGCAGUCCUUUGCACAGUACAUGGGCCUGCAGAAGGUAAACGCUCAGAAACAGCUGGAGCAGCCGGUGCUGUGAUAAAUGUUGUUGUCAAUUUAGCUGGAUUUGCGAAUGUGGAUAGGAAAAAGAAGAGUGCCACUGGCAGUGGUGGAGGAGAUAGGCAAGCCACAACAGAGCUAGCUAACUUGCUUCGGGACGCCUUUCAACCGCAUAUCCAUGCCCACCUUUACCCACGCAGUACAAUAUCGAUUCACGUCUCGGUCCUUUCCUCUGACGGCUCGCUGUUCGCUGCGUGUCUGAAUGCAUGUACCCUUGCUCUGGUUGACGCCGGUAUCCCUAUGCCGGGAUGGGGCGGAAUAAAUGAGAGUCUUGAUCCUCUACUUGACAUCUCUGCCCCUGAAGAGGUAGAGUUACCAUAUAUGACAGUUGCCAACACAAAUCCUAUGCCAGACAUCAAUGUUCCAAGGGAUGAUGAAGAUGAGGAAGAUGAUGAAUAUGAUGCAGAAAAUGAGAAUCAGAUGCUAUCAAUUGUGCAUAUGGAUUCUGGCGUGCAUGUGUCGUAUCUUGAGACCAUGUUUGCAGUUGGGAUCGACGGGUGCAAGCAGACAAGGGAAAUAUUAAACGGGGUACUAAAGGCAGCAGGGAAAAGAGUUCUGAUGGGAGAGGCUGCAUCCGGCCUAGAAUAUGACGAUGAAUGA